AUGAUUACCAGGUUCGCUAACUCAAUCAAGCCAUACUUGAAACCAAGUACUACUACAACUAUGACAUCUACUGCUGGUAGAGUCAGUCCAUCAUUAACCAUGUACCACAAUAAUAACUCCAUCGUGUCACACAACUUGCUCAAACAAUUGACUUCCUACAGUUUACUCCCCUGUACUCAAGAUAAAAUCUAUCAAGAAACUACACAUAUGAACAACAACACUAACAAGUUUAAAGGAGUUGCAUCAUCCAAGAGUGAAUCAAGUGGUAAAAGUCCUAAAUUUUAUGUCAAUGUCAAGGAAAACACUGGAUUAACUAAACAAGAUCACCAAUUUAUCAUUGAUCAAUGUUUGAAUAUCCAUCCUGAUAAUACUAGAGUCAUUAUUCAAUCAGUAUCAAAUAUAGAUUUCAAGAAGUUGUCUAAACAGGAGAAGCUUAAACUUGUUGAGCAAUUGCAAGAUUAUGAUAAACUUGUUGCCAUUGUGAAUAGUGGAUCAUCCGUCUCCAAUACAACUACUUCUACUCGUUCAAUGCCAUUGAUUAUUGAUUACAGGCACAAGUUGUUGGCUAAUGAUGAUGUAUCAUUUAAUCGUAUCAUGGCAAAUUAUCUUAGUUGUGGUAUUCAAAGUGUUGCUAGAAGUGGAAACAGUGAUGUGACAAUGAAUGUUGGAGGUGAUGAUGUGACGUACAGUAAUGGUACAAACUCACCCGGAGUUGUUGCUUGA